AUGUCUGGAAGCGCAGGCUACGAUAGACAUAUCACCAUCUUCUCUGACCAGGGUAGAUUGUACCAAGUCGAAUAUGCUUUUAAGGCUAUCACUUCCGCAAACAUCACCUCCAUUGGUGUGAGGGGGAAAGACUGUGCCGUGGUACUCUCCCAGAAAAAAGUCGCUGACAAACUCAUCGACCCCUCCUCCGUUUCACAUGUCUUCCAACUCUCGCCAUCUGUUGGCUGCGUCAUGACAGGUUCUAUAGCAGAUGCCCGUGCCUACGUCGACCGAGCCCGCGGAGAGGCAGCUGAAUUCCGGUACAAGUUUGGCUACGAGAUGCCAUGUGAUGUUCUGUCGAAACGAUUGGCGAAUAUCAACCAAGUCUACACACAACGAGCCUACAUGCGGCCACUUGGAGUGGCUAUGACCCUUGUCUCCGUUGACGAUGAGAAUGGCCCUCAGCUCUACAAGUGUGACCCGGCUGGUUACUACGUUGGAUACAAGGCCACAGCCUCUGGCCCCAAGCAACAGGAGGCGUUGAAUUACCUUGAGAAGAAACUGAAGAACAAGGAUGCCGCACCGGGCAGCUGGGAGGAAGUUGUGGAGCUGGGUAUUACCGCCAUGAGCAAUGUGCUGAGCGUUGACUUUAAGAAACAUGAGCUGGAGAUUGGAAUUGUUGGUGGCCCUCGACUGGACGGUGAAGGCACUACUACAUCAUUCCGGGCUUUGACAGAGGAGGAGAUUGAUGAACGGUUGCAGGCCAUUGCGGAGAAGGACUAA